AUGAGCCGGCGGCCCUGCAGCUGCUCCCUACGGCCGCUCUCCGGUUCCUGCCGCUGCAGCUACGGCGCCCCGACAGCCGCCGGGCGCCCUUGCCCCUCGGACGGUUGUAAAGAAGAAAGUUCCACUCUCUCUGUCAAAAUGAAGUGUGAUUUUAACUGUAACCAUGUUCAUUCUGGAAUUAAACCAGUGAAGCCUGAUGACAGUAGAAGACAAGGUUCCUACACUACUGCAUGUUUGGAAGGUUCUUAUAAAGACUGUAUUAAAGACUAUGAAAGGUUAUCGGAUGUUGGGUCCCCAGUUGUGAGCCCCAGGAUUGUAGAACUUGAAACUGAAAGCAAGCCUUUGCAUAACAAGGAAAAUCAACGCAUACAAAAAACACUUGAUAGUUCAAAUGACAUACAAGAGCUAGAGACCAGCGGAUGUUAUGAAGACAGUGGCUACUCUUCAUUUUCCCAGCAAAGUGGCCUCAGUGAACAUGAAGACAGUAGCCUUGCCCUGGUGGAAAGUUUCAGUGACAGUCCACAAUCCUGCCUGCUACGGACGCAAAGCCCAGACCAAUAUCCCAACAAAAACUUGCUGCCAGCUCUUCAUUUUGAAAAAGUGGUUUGUUCAACGUUAAAAAAAAAUUGUAAACGAAAUCCUAAAAUAGAUUGGGAGAAGCUGAAAGAAUUUAUAUCCAGUGGAAAUUUUAGACUACAGAAUAUAAUUGGUAGGAAAAUGGGCCUCGAAUGUGUAGAUAUUCUCAGUGAACUCUUUCGAAGAGGACUCAAACAUCUCUUAGCAAAUAUUUUAACACAACUCAGUGAGAUGGACUUAAUCAAUGUGUCUAAAGUGAGCACAACUUGGAAGAAGAUUCUGGAAGAUGACAAGGUGGCAUUGCAAUUGUACAAUAAAGCAAUACAAAGAAUUACUGAAAAAAACAUUAAGUUUUCACCACAUGCUUCGACCAGAGAGUAUGUUUUAUUCAGAACCCCUUUAGCAUCUGUGCAAAAAUCAGCAACCCAGACUCUCCCCAAAAAAGAUGCUCGAACUAAGUUACCUGAUCCAGGUGAUCAGAAAGGUUCUACUUACAGUCGACACAGUGAAUUCUCUGAGGUUGCCAAAACUUUGAAAAAGAAUGAAAGCCUUAAAGCCUGUAUUCGCUGUAAUUCACCUGCAAAAUAUGAUUGCUAUUUACAACGGGCAACCUGUAAACGAGAAAGCUGUGGAUUUGAUUAUUGUACAAAGUGUUUGUGUACUUAUCAUACCACCCAAGACUGUUCAAAUGGCAAGCCCCUAAAAGCCAGUUAUAAAAUGGGUCCUUUGCCUGGUACUAAGAAAAGCAAGAAGAAUUUACGACGAUUAUGA